CCUCCACCUCGCCGCUUUCCUUCCCUUCUUUAUAUAUCCUUCUCAUCGCCGAUCUUUGAUCUCCGAUCUUAAAUUUCCUUCGCCUCGAUCCCGAAACUCGCCCCUCCGAUCCUCGUCUCGUCGCCGCAGCCGCAGCCGCUGCCGCUGCUGCCAGCAAAAUGGCCAACGCAGUUUCAGGAAUGGCAGUGAAUGACGACUGCAAACUGAAGUUCUUGGAAUUGAAGGCAAAACGCACCUACCGCUUCAUAAUCUAUAAGAUUGAUGAGAAGCUGAAGCAGAUCCUUGUGGAGAAGUUUGGUGAACCCAACCAAACAUAUGAUGAUUUUACUGCCAGCCUCCCUGCAAAUGAAUGCCGAUAUGCAAUAUAUGAUUUUGACUUUGUGACUGAAGAGAACUGUCAGAAGAGCAAGAUCUUUUUUAUCGCAUGGUCCCCUGACACAUCAAGGGUGAGAAGCAAGAUGCUUUAUGCGAGCUCGAAAGAGAGGUUCAAGAGAGAGCUGGACGGCAUCCAGGUGGAACUGCAAGCAACCGAUCCUACCGAGAUGGAUCUUGAUGUCAUAAGAAGCCGUGCAAAUUGAGUAUGUGGCUUAUGCCUCUUAUUCGUGCCGCCAAACUUGUUCUAUUAUUCGUGUGCUUCUGAUGGAAUCUUCAUAAUUCCAAAGGGAAGGUUGGUUCCCUUAGAUAUCAUUUGGGCUUGUGGUUGGGAUUACUUAAUAGUAACUUUUUUUGAAUUAUCCUCCAUUUUAACUUGGUGAUGUAUUUCAAAUUUGCUACUUGUGGGCAUUAGUAUCUAAUUGUUCUCUUCUUUAUCGAUA